AUGUCCGAGGAAGCUGAUUUCGAAAUCGACUUCUACGGGGACGAGGGCAACGAUCAGCAGGAUCAAGGCCAGAAGAAGUCAGAGCACCAAAACGAUGAAGGGCAAACGGGGCACCACGACAAUAGCCAUCACCACGACGGCCACAGAGGUGGCAAUCAUGGCGGAGAUGACACGAUGGAAGAUGAGAAUGGCCACAGCUACGAGGAACAAACUUCGCAGCAAGGAACGAAGCGCAAGCAAGAUGACGACAACAAGGUAGUUGACACGACGGCAACGACUGCCCUGAUGAUUUCCGAACUGAAUUGGUGGAUCACCGACGACGACAUUCGAGGAUGGUCACGCGCCGCCGAGGUCGAACACGACCUAAAGGAUCUCACCUUUAGUGAGCAUAAGAUCAACGGCAAGAGCAAGGGACAAGCGUACGUCGAGUUCAACACUCGCCAAGGAGCCACUGCAACCAAGCACCACGUGGAUAAGUUGAGCUCAGAAGAUACACAAGGUGGUGUGCACAAGAAGAUUACUGUUAUGUACUGGAACUCUAGUGCCAACCCCUUCAAGACGCUACCAAAAGACGCACCGGCUAGAGGCAAGGAUCAGCAGUCAAGAGGACCGACGGGUGCGUAUAACAACGACCGCGGCGGCUACAGCGGCAACUACCGCGGGCGCGGCAACUUCAAUAACCGUGGCAACAUGGGACAAAACAACUACAACCGCAACUAUAACAAUAUGGGCUACAGCAACAUGGGCGGCGGUGGCUACAACGCCAACCCCAUGGCAGGAGGCAACUUCAACAACUUUAACCGUGGCGGUAUGAUGAGCGGUAUGCGCGGCGGUAUGCGCGGUGGUCGCGGGGGGAACAUGAUGGGCAUGAACCCCGGCAUGAAUGGCAUGAACCCCAUGGGUAUGCCCAUGGGGAUGAUGGGCGGCAUGGGAAAUAUGGGUAACAUGGGAAUGGGGAUGAUGAAUCCCGGCAUGCAAGGUAUGAAUAACCAGUCCUUCGGACCUUCCAACCGCACAGUAGAGGCACUCCACUCCUGCCUCCUCGCACAGCAAAGCACCAUCAACCAUACUUGGUGCGGUCAAGUGGCCGGUACGAAUGUCCACCCAGCAAGUGGGACAUACCCUAUGGGUUCUCUCACGAUGCACUCUCGCGUGCGUUCGCACAAAGGCGCCGCACUAUGGCCUCAUUCUAUGCAGCAACAACAGCAGCGAAGAGGGGUGGCUCAAUCGAAUCGCAACGCACAGCACUCACAUUCCCGUCAAGACACUUACCAAUCAAGAAUCAACUCCGCUAACAGCUCGUACCAAGGCAUGAACCCAGGCUUCAACCCUGGCAACUUCAACUUUGGACAAAACCAGAGUGGUGGUGGCAGCGGCGACUGGGGUAAUCCUCACGGCGCCAAGCGACCACGGCCGGAAUAA